GCACCAAAACUGGUCUGCUCUACGCUGCCCGUUCGCGGCAUGAAUGUGCCCGUAGUGUUUAAAGUGGCUGGAUGCGAGGAGGAGAGGAAGCGAUGGAUGGACGUGGGGCAGAUAGGGAGCAACAGUACUUUUCGCCUCGCCGCCGCCGCCUAUAUAUCUCGCGCUCUCGCUCUCUUUUUUGCCGUCUACGACGGCUGGGGGUCGUUCUCUCCGCCUGAACUGCCGCGCCGUCGGCCCGCCGGUCUGGCUGUACCCUCCUUCUUCGCUCUUCUGGGCGAGGGAGCGGAGAUCGCCGGCUACGCGCUCACUUUCGCCGUGAGACAGCCAUCAGCGUUACCGGCGCAGUGGGCAGCUGAAGCGACAGGUCGCCGUCGACUUCCCUCUCGAGUGCCUUCUUUCCCUCGUAUGUCAACGCGCGGAGAGCUGUGUGUCGUCGCGGUCCGGCCAUCGUCUCCCGUAUCGUCACCCUCGAGCUUACCGCGGGUCUGAUGAUCGGAGACGUGCGUAUCAAAUCCGGUUACCUGCGGCCGUCGUCGGUUGUGGCACGCAUCGUCGGAAUCUCGGUCUCCGUCGGCGGUAGACGCGACGGAGGGAACACCGUGCUUCACCGGGCGAGUCGGAAGGCCAGGUGAUGUCCCGUGUCAUCACGAGGCGGAGGCCCCAGAAUUAUGGCUUUUCGACGGCUACCGCGAUGGCUCAGCAAGCUGCAGACUUACGCCAUUCUCGCUGGCUGCCUGGCACUUCUCAUCCUCUUCAGGUCAUUCCGGACAGAGGACCAGGAGGGCGACAGAGAGAUCGUUGACGAGGACCUUUUCAUCGCACCUCAACAUUUUAAAGACCUUGCUGAAAACGAGGUAGUCGUGCACGAAGAACUUGAUGCGCUCCCGGAGGAAAGGGUGAGCAGCGAAAACCCCUACGUUCACCCGUACGUCAUCGAUGCGUCGCACCUAUGUCGGAGCUUCGAAGAUGUGCCGAGGCGCUUAAUAUUCGUGGCGAGCGCUCCGAGCCACCGGGAAGCUAGGAACGCCAUACGCGAUACUUGGGGACUCCACUCGUACGUGGCGAAUCGAAACGGCAAGGUACUAUUCUUGCUGGGACGCUCCGCAUAUGACAUGGAAAUCAAGGCCGAGUCUCAGGUCAACGGGGACAUCGUACAGGGCAAUUUCACGGACAGCUACAACAACCUGACGCUCAAGAGCGUCAUGAUGCUUCACUGGACGCGCUCCUUCUGCCCAAACGUCGAGCACGUGAUGAAGACGGACGACGACGUGUACGUGAACCUGGACAACCUGGUUCACCACUUAGAGCAGGAGAUGGCCGACCAGAGGCGCUGGAUCCAGGGAUGCGUCAAGAGGCACGCCGCUACGCCGCUUCGGUCUGCCGGUGCCGGUCAGCCUCUGAGCCCGGUGGACGUGGGGACACUGCCCAAGGCGCACCCAGACUUUGUGGCGGGAGCGGGGUACGUCAUAUCCGGUGACCUGGUGGAGGACCUGCUGGUGGCUUCGGCGAGGGUUAAGUGGGUGCCCGUAGAAGACGUGUUCGUGACGGGACGGUGCGCUGCCUUGGCCGGUGUGAAGCCAGAGACUGACGAUAGGUUCAGCUGCGGCCGUCCGGUGAAGGAGCCUUGCGAAAUGGCUCACGCGUUCACGGGGCACGGAAUGACGCCUGAGCUGAUGAGAAGGACAUGGGAUGCGAUGCUCAGUGGCUGUUCGUGACACUUAUACCGGUUGCAAAACUUUUCGUAACCUGAGCAUUUAAAGCAGUAAAAUGCAGAUUCUCACGAGAC